AUGGAUCUCAAGCACAUUGCAAUCCUCGGUCUGGGAGGGAACGUCGGAAACGCCAUCAUAACCGAACUCCUCAAAGACGGACCCCGCUUCACCAUCACAGGCAUCACGCGCUCAACAUCAACCUACAAACCACCUCCUACCAUCACCCAUCGCACUGUCGACUACACAUGUUUCUCCUCUCUCCAAACCGCAUUCGAGAACCAAGACGCAGUAGUAAACUGCAUCACAGGCGGAGCCACGCAUUACGAGCCAUCCAAACUCAUCAUCGACGCCGCGGUCGCUGCAGGCGUCAAGCUCUUCUUCGCCAACGAAUUCGUCGGAGAGAUCACCCGCGAGGCGUUUAGAAGGUUACCGGAAGCUUUUGUUGGCGGUAAAUACAUACCCAACCGCCGCGCCCGCAUCUACGGCUCAGGAAACCAACCCUUACACUGGACACCCCUACCCACAAUGGGCCUCGCAGCAGGAAACAUGCUCCGCAACCCCGACCCCAUCCGCAACCGCCCCGUCCUCCUUGAUCCCAUUACCCCUUCCUCUACUGUCACUCAAAACACACUGUUGCGCACCCUUGAAAAGGUUCUCCAUACCACCUUCACCAUCUCGCACGUCGACGUGGACAAGAUCCAUCGAAACGCUUUGGUCGUGUUGGAGAAGUGGAAGGAAGGCGGUGAGCCGGAGGAAGGGAAAGCGCAGAUGGGUAAAGCGAUCAAAGGGUUGGGCGUGUGUAACCAGUUUUAUGAGAGCGACGAUGAAGGUCAUGCGGAGGACUUGGAGAGGACUGUUCAGAAUGAGCUCGUUGGUGUGGAGACCAUGCAGCUGGAAGAUGCAGUGAGGGAUGCGCUGGAGCGAUAUGGGGAGAACUGUCAGGUUGUUCAGGGCAUGUACAACGUGGAAGCUUGUGAACUUUAG